AUGGGCCGCGCCGGGGCCAGCCGCCAACCGACCCGAGAGUGUACCCAGGCAGAACGAUUCAGUGUCACCUCGAUCCACCAGACCAGAACCACAACAGUCACCCUUCAAGUACAUAUCCAGACAAUGGCAUCAGCGACACACCAAGCUCCCAUAUCCUCCGGCCCUUCAAGACCAUUUCCCCCGGUUUCCGUUACGGCUGAGGAUGGCCCGAUAGCGCCACCCAAUCAGCACCACCAACCAGCCGAGGAUGAUGCCAUCAGUCGCUGCGACUCGGAGGCCGCAGGUCCCCGGCCACCAUCUAAUUGCGACCAUCGGCGCCAUCUUUACCGUGGUCAUCGCAGCGGAAGCCUGAUCGUUGAGGACCUUGAUGAGCUGACAGAAUGGCGCGCCCGGCAACGAACGUUUGAUGGCGCUUACCUACGCACUGCGCUCGGGUGCUCGUUUUUUGCACUCACGAUCACUAAAAUGUUCCGCAAAGAGCUAUCCCAAAUUGGCCUAGAAUUCGCGGCCUUGUCCGUACUGAUCCUCGUCAUAUCUUACAUCCGUCGUCGGAGACUGAAUCACGAUUUCGCAGACGCGCAUUUCCCUGAGCCGACUGGACUGGACCCGGAUCAAGCUCGAGGUCCGAGGAUAUGGGGUCGAGAGUACCGAACCCCGGGCGAUUUUGUGCUCUUGAUGGCGGCUGCCGUAGCAACUAUUCAGAUCAGUUUGAUCGUCCUGAUUACCAACUUGGACUGA